UCUGACGUCAUCAUGUUGCGCGUGAGGUACCGCCCCAACAAUAACGGAUGAGUCGACUGAUCCUUAUUAAUAUCUGAUCUAUCAGUAAUAACGCGAGGUAUGGAGUUAAAUGAGGAGAUGGAGAGCAGUGAACAGCAGGAGAAACGCGCCGCCCAGAGACGCGCGGAGAUCCGCAGGAGGAAACUGCUGCUAAAUUCAGAGGAUCGCAUGAAGAAGAUCGUGGGCUUCAGCGACAGUGACGCGUCUGCUGGCGGUGUCGUGGAGCCACUUUUAUAUCUGGAUCUGGACAGGAACGAGCCCUGGUCCUCCCCAAAGAGAAUCUCGCCACACGUGUCCGAGGCCGCUGGGAGCAACACUGAUCCGUCCGAGAGAGUCGACAGCGACGAUGUUGCAGGUGAGGAUGAAGCGUCACAUGGAGUGCGACAGAGACCUCGCGGGGAGCUGUCGAGGGAAGAACACUCUCGCUCUCCUCGCAGGGGGUUGCACAAGUACCUGUGUCGCUUUGAUGAUGCAAUGAAGCUAAGAGGACAGCUGGCCAAUGAGAAAGCGGUUCAGGAGGACGAUAGCGCAGACGUAGAGGAGUUGGACUCGUUCCGUUUCUUCAGACUGGCCGGCAGCGUUACUCUUGCUGUCUUCGUGCGCAUCUUUGUUUGCCAGUAUUUGUCCAUAUUUGCACCAUUCCUCACUCUUGAGCUGGGCUACAUGGGAUUGCAUAAAUAUUUUCCAAAGGUGGAGAAAAAGACCAAGACGACAAUGUUGACCGCUGCUCUCCUGCUGUCCGGGAUUCCUGCUGAAGUGAUCAAUCGAUCAAUGGACACCUACAGGAAAAUGAGUGACGUCUUCUCAGACCUCUGUGUUUAUUUCUUCACCUUCAUCAUGUGUCAUGAGCUGCUUCUGCUGUUUGGCUCUGAAAUGGCGUUAUGGAACAAACCGUAGAGUCUUGUAUCUGUCAAAGGCUUGUUUAACACUAAACAUACGAAAUCCUGCUUCAAAAGACUGCUGUGAAAUAUUGAUACGGUUUACAGAGAGCUGAAUGGUGAUUUACUUUUGCAUAUGUCCAUAAAGCCUGUGAACAAGAUCAUUUCUUAAAGCAUUUUCUAGAUUUGACUUACAACAUAGUGUUUCGUACGGGGGUGGGUUUGACCACAGAAACUAGUGAAGUUUGUGAACAGCGGGGUGCGUUCUUUACUCGUUUAUUUUGGGUCUGUCUCACAAAGACUAUCAAGUCCAUGCCCAUGCUUCUCAACAAAGUCUAAAGAAAAUAAACCUUUUUUCCUCACAUGUAAACAUUCUUACGUUGUAUUACUGUAAUUAGAAGCGCCAUUGCUCGGUGUGAAUUUUUGAAUGCAGGCCUAUUUACAAAAUGUAGUUUCUUUUCGUGUAAUUUCAAUUUUGUUUAGUUUUGCUCUGUCAGAUUUAAUGAGAUUCCAUCUUUUGCCCUUAGCCCAACAUAACCAGCCCUACACUAAUCGGUUAAGAUUUAUGAUCUUACGGUGAUUUUAAAUUCCUUGAUUUAAAUGCUUUAAAGUGAUUGCUAUUGUUUAGACUUUCAAACAUAUGUACAUACUAUAACAUUGAUUGCCUUUGAUAUCAGUCACAUGGACACGUGUUUUGUUUCUUGCUGGUCAUGUGUUAGUAAAAACAUUAAUGCUGUUCAUGUAUGCAUGUGUCAUUAAAAUAACCGAGGUUCCAGAGCUCAACAAACAUUUUUCAAGACUUUCUGCAUUUUUGUUGGAUCUGUUUGCAAAUUCAUAUUUAUAUCACCAUUAGCUCAUUGUUUCAUUAAUGAUUAGCGUCAUUAAUGUUUACAUAAUCCUGUGAACCAUCCUCUGACGUGUUACUGUGUUGUUUUUGCCCUGACGUGCUUAUUUAUGAAACUGCUUCUUUGAUUGUAAUAAUUCCUUUUAUUAUUGGAGGGAGACUCCUGCUAAAUCCACAAAAAUAAAAGUGUCAUUCUGA